AUGGCUGACACAGGAAGAAGAUGGAUAUUGUGGACACUCGCUGUGCAUCUUUACUCACUGCAGAGCGGUGCUCUGACUGUUUCCAUGAGGGAGUCCAAUUUGGAGGUCCUCAGAGGUGAUGCGGUCACCCUCCCCUGCUCCUUUUUCACCUCCAGCCCUCUAACCAAACUUAAUGUUAUUUGGACCCUGGCUCCAUUCUCCAGCCCAGAAAACCCAGUACAGGUAAUUGUUUAUGACCAUGGACAAGUGAUGGAAGAUCCCUCAUUCAUUGGCAGAGUAGGAUUCACAGGUCUCCCGUGGAGUGCAGACAUGCUCCUGAAUGACACUGAGGAAGCUGAUGCUGGAGUGUACCGCUGCAUGGUCAACAACCCCCCAGAAACCGCAGACCUGGGCAUCGGAGAGCUCACUCUUACUGUUUUGUCUCCUCCCUCUCUGCCUGUGUGUCAGUGGGAAGGGGACAUUGCAGAUGGUGGGAGUGUGACCCUGUCCUGCUCUGUGGAGGAGGGAAUCCCAACCCCAGAGAUUGAGUGGGACAAGCUUAGUCCAGAAGAAAUACCAUUACCAGUUGACAUGGAUGGAGACCUGUCCGGAUCAGUAAAAAUCAUCAAUGCAUCGUCUGAGACCUCAGGCCUGUACCGCUGCUCUGCCUCCAAUGCUCUAGGGACUGAACACUGUUAUGUCAACCUGUCCAUCUACAGCACUCCAGACUCCCCCUCAGGCAUCCUGCAGGGGGUGCUGUUGACGUUAUCGAUGAGCCUGGUGCUGCUGGCGCUGGUGCUGCUCGUCACGUGGCUUCACCGCACGGGGCAGGAUGGUCGCUGGAGGGAGCGCAAAGAGGACAAUGAAAGUUACAACGAAAUCCGGUACACGCCGUCGCUGAUCAAGCGCUCUUUUGUGUAAUCAUCCAUAAAAGCCAAUAUUUUACUCAGUCAUUCAUGAGCUUCAGGUUCCUGUUACAGGCAACAAUUUGAGGACUUUUCUUAAGCAUUCCUUGUUUUACAAUUCAAGGUGUAAAUUUGACUAAUUAUGUAAUAUUUAGUUGUCUAAAACCCCACUGUAGGCUUAAGUGCAGCCAACGCUACACCACACCACACCACCACACUUUAUUUUUGCAAAAUAAAUGUUUUUGUUUUUUUUAUUUAAUAAUGAAUAAAUUGCCUUU